AUAUCAUCAUACUCCAAUUCCAAUACGACCCUCCACUUACACCUUCUUCUCAAUUGAAUUGAACUGCUGCUACUCCUCAAUUGCAAUGGAGGAGGAUGGUAUUACCGCUGCCACCGUCACCGGCAGCAGCAGUGAGAAAAAGAGAUUCUUUGUUGCUGUUCAUGUAGGCGCAGGUUACCACUCUCCUUCCAAUCACAAACCUCUCAGAUCCGCCAUGAACCGCGCUUGCCUUGCCGCCGCUUCCGUCCUUCAACACGGUUCAGGUCUCUCCUUAGAUGCUGUUGUCGCCGCCAUUCAACUCUUGGAGGAUGAUCCGAGCACAAAUGCUGGCAGGGGGUCUAAUUUGACAGAAAAUGGUAGUGUAGAGUGUGAUGCCAGUAUAAUGGAUGGAAAAUCUGGAGUGUUUGGUGCUGUUGGAGCUGUGCCAGGUGUGCGAAAUGCUAUACAAAUUGCUGCUUUAUUGGCCAAAGAGCAAACGAUGGGAUCUCCAUUGCUAGGUCGAAUUCCUCCAAUCUUCCUGGUGGGGGAAGGGGCUCGUGAAUGGGCGAAAUCUAAGGAUAUUGGUUUGCCACCAAGUAUAGCAGAGGCCAAUGAGUGGCUGAUCACAGAAAGGGCAAAAACACAAUGGAUCAAGUACAAAUCUAUGUUUGAAGCUGCUAGAUCGAAGACAGUGAACUCUCUUUCAAAUGGCAAUUCUUCUCCAUGUCAAAGUACUGAAAUGCCAGAUUAUGCUUUGGAAGAUCAAGUAAUGGAUACCGUUGGGGUUAUUUGUGUAGACAAUGAGGGGAAUGUAGCAUCUGGAGCCUCUAGUGGUGGUAUUGCUCUAAAGGUUAGUGGACGAGUAGGGCUAGCAGCAAUGUAUGGUUCAGGUUGUUGGGCGUCAUCAAAAGGUCCCUUUGGUGCUCCAUUCAUGGCUGGCUGUUGUGUGUCUGGUGCAGGAGAGAACCUAAUGAAAGGAUUUGCAGCUAGGGAAUGCAUUGUUUCAAUCUCACUCUCACAGUCUGGUGCUGCCUCCGCCUGCACCAAAGUUCUACGAUCUGUUUCUGAGGAUAGCAGUAGAUGCGGUACUGAUAGCAGCGCAGGGAUCUUGGUUGUGCAGUCAGAUACAUCUAUAGUAGGUCAAGGAAAAUCAAGGUUAACAGCGGUAGAAAUUGCGGCUGCAUACACUUCCUUGUCUUUUGGAGUAGGAUAUUAUGGAAGUUCUAUGGAACGACCCAAGGUUUUGAUUCUUAGGAGUACAAAACAACAAAGCAGGACUGCUAUAGAUCAAUUUGGAGCACGAAUAGAUCUUUCAAAUGGAUAAUAGAUGUGGCUAGAAUGGCUAAUUGAUUUGGCCUAAAGAUCUAUUGCAGCUAGAAUGCAUGAUUAAGAUUUCUUGAUUUUGCCUGAAAUAUGUUAGGUUGGGAUAUUUUGGUUAAAAUAGAAAUUGGUCUUUAGAUCUGGGGAUUUUGAGCGGUACUGUGUUUAAAUUGUUUUAUGUUGAGUCAAAUUUAUUUGUAUUAAUGAAAAUUUCCCAAAUCUAUAAUAAUCUAUGGAAGGGCAUUCAAUUGAAGAACUA